GAAGAGAGAGGGAGGGAGACAGAGAGAAAGAGAAUUUCCCUGUGAAGGAAGUAUUAUUGGAACCAGACACUGUUGAGAUACCAUGGAAAGGUGUAGUCCUAUUUAUUUCCCAUAUGGCCUCAGAGAUAGCUAAAACAACAACCAAGCCUCCAAUCUGAAGGUUGAAUAUAUUGAGAUUAAAAAUCUCCUUUUCAAGGGCGACCUGAGGCCAAGAGGGCAGCACAGCAGAGGGUAAAAUACGCCACAACACGGCUAGGACCACGCGAAUCACAGUUUGGGAAAAGUGCAGAGAAACAUCCUCUCUCUUUCUAAACUUCAGUCCUAUAUAAAGUUGGAGGUCCUUUCAGAGAGACAUGAGAAUUCGAACUUUCUCAAAAGCGCACAUUAGACAGGAAUUCCAGCUACGAUGUCAAUCACUCUCUGUCAACGACAACAUGGGCUUUAAGCAGGAGUUUGAGGAGCUAAAUGAUGUUGGCAAAGAACUGCCCACUAGGGCAGGGGAACUGGAGGUUAAUAAGGAGAAGAACCGCUACCCCCACAUCCUGCCAUAUGACCACUGUCGGGUGAGGCUGUCCCUGCAGGACGCCCAGCCCAAUGGCGACUAUAUCAACGCAAACUUUGUGCCUGGCGGCAGCUCGGAGAGAGACUUCAUCUGCACCCAGGGCCCUUUACGCAGCACCAUGACCGACUUCUGGAGGAUGGUCUGGGAGCAGAACGUCAGUAUAAUUGUCAUGGUGACCGCCCUGCGGCACAAGGACGUGGUGCUAUGUGAUCAAUACUGGUCUAAGGCCAGAGGAACCGUUUAUCACGGGCCUUUCCAAGUCAACACGGUGUCCUGCAACCAGGGUCCACAUGUUUCCAUCACCACCAUUAAUCUGAAGCAGAGAGGAUAUCCAACAGAAAAAGUAGUUACACACUACUACUACCCUUCUUGGCCCGACCGGGGGGUUCCUAGAGACACCUCAGCCCUCUGUGGUCUAGCUGAGCAUGUGCGGCAGCAUAUAGAAGCAACGCCGCGGCUGGGGCCUGCCGUAGUGCAUUGCAGCGCUGGCGUUGGCAGAUCGGGGGCCUUUGUAACGCUGCUGUGGCUGAUGCAGCUGUGUGAGCGAGGCGUGAGUCCGGACAUCCGGGCGGCUGUGGAGGACCUGCGGAUGCACCGGCUGUGGAUGGUCCAGAACGUGGAGCAGUAUGUACUGGUUCAUCAAUGUCUGCUCAACUGGCUGAGCAGAGGCACAGUGGCAAAUCUUGACAGCGGUCCACAGAGUAAAGGAGUGCCAUUCAACAGCGGCCGGAGUCAGGUCCGCAUCCGGGGCUCAUCGGGUCAGGGAAACAGAGCGAGGAGGAGCCAUCAGCAUCAACCACCAAGAGCUCAGCCAGACCAAACACUGAGCAACGUUCAACAGCUGCUGGACCCCAGGAACCUACUGAGGAGAAUACUGCCCGCUUCUCUUCAGCUUCCACAAACGUCGUCGGAACCCAAACCAACAGAACAGAACUUUGAAAAUGUUCCCUUCAAGCCUUAGUCGAAAGACUCAUUUCAGAUUGGUACCUAAAUAAAACCUUUCUAGUUUUUCUUUACUGAGCGAAUGUCAUUUGAGAGGAGGUUCCAUAUGGGCCAGAUCGGAGUCCUAAGGGCGAGAGUCAGCUAAUAACCAGAGCUACAGCAUUGUGUAUGGAGGUAGAACCUGUUCAUCCUGUCAAACUGGUUUCUGAUGUGUGGAUAUACGACCAGAACUGUGGGAAAGCUCACUGCUAUACUAUUCUAAAACUUACAUUUUUAUAAUCUUUCUACUUUGCCAGAUAUAAACCUGAUUUUUUUUUAAAUCUUGCUCCCUUUGUAUCGUAAUUAUGUUUAUCACUAUCACAUAACGGACAAAAUAGAAACUCCCAGUAUAGCGGCUGUACAAAAAGGUCAUGUUUCAAAACACACAGGCACUACCAUUCUCCUUAGAUGACUUAUUACAGUACACAAAGGUUGUUUGAAUAUCAUACAUUAUAGAACAAUGAGCGCUAAGUUAUUUGAAGUCUUUGAGUCUUUUUUUUCACUUGCAGAGUUAUCAACCGUUAUGAUACAAUGGACCCCUCUGACAGAAAGGUCUUGGGUCUUGAGGCAGGAGAUACAGAAACAGUCUGUCUGUUCCCUGCUGUGCUGGAGGUCCUCUCUGUGGCAGCGCUACGUAAGUGCAGGUUGUGGCAAGGAAGUCCAUGUCUUGGGAGACAGCGAUAUAUUGUUUCACUUCAAAUGUACUUAUUGUAAGUCGCUUUGGAUAAAAGCGUCUGCUAAAUGCCCGAAAUGUAAAUGUAAAUGGGAGACAUUAGAUGCCAAGUAGUGCUAUGACCUCGGGGGAAUUGAUCCGAAGGAACAAGUCGGCAGAGUUCAACCCUUCUGGAUGUAGGGGACAUUUUACGGUUUGCAGGCCGAGUCGGCUAACAGAGAAUCAGGGCAUCCUCGAGAGGGCGUACAACCUACACAUGGCUACUUGGUUCAGCCCAUACACGGCCGAGGCAUUUGCUGUGACAGAACGAUGAGCAAGGCAGAGGUGUGAACGAAGUGAACAAUUAAAAAAGGAUAGAACAUGUAGAACGUGGAUGAACAGAUCAAAAGCAGCAUGGAACAGGCAAACAAGUGAAAUUAUGUACGCAAUAUUACAGAUAAAAAACUAAGAAAACAAUAAUUCCAGACCAUUGGUAACCAACAGUUAUUACGGAUUUAAAUUAAUGAG